UCCGCGCGCGGUGUCAUGGCGGCGCCCAGAGACGGCACUCUCAGUUGGUUCCUUGCGUUGACAUUAGGGGUUUCCCUUAUAAAAUUCCUCUUAAUAAAAGCUUACCAUUCUACUGAUUUUGAGGUUCACAGGAACUGGCUUGCAAUUACCCACAGUUUGCCAGUUUCAAAGUGGUAUUUUGAGGAAACUUCAGAGUGGACCCUGGAUUAUCCUCCAUUUUUUGCCUGGUUUGAAUAUGGACUGUCUCACAUCGCAAAGUAUUUUGAUGAGGAGAUGCUUGUGGUGCAGAACCUGACGUAUGCUAGUCCAGCUACCAUUCUCUUCCAGCGGCUGUCUGUUAUUUUUACAGAUCUUGUCUUUGUUUAUGCUGUCAAGGAGUGCUGCAAAUGUGUACAAGGUGGUAAAAGGCCCAGGGACAUCUUAGGGAGUCCGUCCUUUGUUCUAGCAGUGCUACUCUUAUGGAACUUUGGACUUCUCAUUGUUGACCAUAUUCAUUUUCAGUACAAUGGAUUUUUGUUUGGUGUAUUUCUUCUUUCUGUGGCAAGACAUUUUCAGGGAAGACAUCUGGAAGGAGCUUUCCUUUUCGCUGUCCUCUUAAACCUAAAACAUAUCUAUCUGUAUAUAGCACCUGCUUAUGGAAUAUACUUGCUGAGAUCAUUUUGUUUAAUCCAGGACAAUUCAGAUGGAUCUCUAAAGUGGAGAAAUUUCAGUUUUAUUCGGUUAGCAGCACUGGGAAUAAUUGUAUGCUCAGUAUUUGCACUGUCAUUUGGGCCAUUUCUCGCUUUGGAUCAGCUUCCUCAAGUUUUGUCAAGACUCUUUCCCUUCAAAAGAGGACUGUGCCAUGCAUAUUGGGCUCCCAACUUUUGGGCACUUUAUAAUGCUGCAGAUAAGGCUCUCUCUGUCUUAGGUAUUAAGCUAAAAUUACUUGAUGUGGCCAAACUUCCAAAGGCUUCAAUGACAGGAGGCCUUGUUCAGGAAUUUCAACAUUCUGUACUUCCGUCAGUAUCCCCAUUGAUAACAUUGAUUUGCACCUUGAUAUCAGUCUCACCUGCGUUGUUCAGCAUUUGGCACAGACCUUGUGGAGCCAGAGGUUUCCUUCGAUGCUGUGUCAUUUGUGCCUUGGGAUCCUUCUUGUUUGGCUGGCAUGUGCAUGAAAAAGCUAUCCUAAUGGCAAUACUUCCACUAAGUAUAUUAGCAGUGGAAAGCAAAGAUGAUGCUGGGGUGUUUUUAAUCUUGGCAACAACGGGUCAUCUCUCUCUGUUUCCGCUACUCUUCACCACACCUGAAUUCCCCAUCAAAAUUCUUCUCAUGCUACUUUUUACACUGUACAGUUUCACUUCCCUGAAGAGGCUUUUCAGGCCGGAAUGUUGCUUGAUUAAUACUGUGGAGUCGGUCUACCUUUCAGGCCUAAUUCCGCUUGAAAUUUUCUGUGAGCUCAUCUACCCCUUGACCUCAUGGCAACAGACUUUUCCCUUCAUUCCUCUGCUCCUCACUUCGGUAUACUGUGCCUUUGGCAUCAUAUACUCUUUCUUCAGGCUCUAUGGGAUAUUGCUGAGAGGACCACGUUAUACAACCAAAAGGAAGUCUCACUGAGACUAUAAUGUGAGCGCAGCCACAUUGUUUUAAAAAGCAAGACUACUUUGGUGCUACCAUUGCUCGUCUCGAUAAGCAGUGAUAUUUGACAAAUUCAUAAUAGUAAAUAGUAGUCCUGUACUUUUGAAUAUAUGGACCAAAAUAUGGGAAACAAUAUACCCAUUUAAUUUAGAUUUUUGUGGUUCAGUAGUAAAUUGUUCUUAAUACUUGGUUUUGUUGAAAACGCAAGGUGAGUGGAUAUUUCUUGUGAUGAAUA